AUGAAUGUGGCAGAGACUCAGACGCUUCCAAGUCCGCUGAAAAGGCCAAGUCUAACGAGGCAAGAUUCGGAAAGCAUAGAAAAGCAAAACUUCAGGAUUCCCAAGGAGUCCCAUUCGAUGCCUAGAUCAGGUAUUACCAGUCAUUCGAGCAGCCACACGCCUGGAGACAAUCCAAGCGUGCGGAAGGCAAAGCGGUCACCUCCCCUUGGCGAGUUGGAUUCUGGCAUUGCGAGCUUAUCAAUCGAAGAGGGCAAUCCAAUCGACACCGGAACAUAUCAUCCAAACUCUGGCAUGGAACACUAUCCACACGAUAUGUCGCUGAACGAGCAAGACAGCAGUAAAUCACGGACACUGCCCGAGCGAUCCUCCAAUGGCAAGGUUCGCCCUAGAAGACGGGUGCUUCCUCGCGACCCAUCACAAGAUAAUGAAGGUCAACUGGGCCUUACAUCACAGAAAAACUAUAGAAGCCAGCCAGAUUUGCUCGGACAUAAUCAACGGACGAAGGAAUCACCUCUGGGCCAAAGAAAACGAGAAGCAGAAGAUCCUUUCUUUGCUCACAACGAGAGCUGGUACAAGAGAAGUUUUGACAUGUCAGAUUGCGUUUCGGAUACGUCGUCAUAUGGCGGUAAAAGUAGGGACCAUGUGAGCCAAUUCGAAAUGGACUCCACCGCAGUGUUGAUAAAACUCUGGUGGGAGAACUUGGCUGAAACAAGAGAAGGAGAUGGUCGCCUAGUCUCAGCAGUAGAACGCGUAUCGCAAGUCUAUCAGCAUCGAGGUCCUCCAGCUGUGCGCCUGUGUCUAGUCCACCCUGGAAAAGGCAGAGCUUCCAGAAGACGCACCGUUGCUUCGGCAAAUGAGGCUAUUGAAACGAGAGACGGUGGAUGGUGCUGGACAAGUCAGACUCCACCAAUCGCCUGGGGGCCUUUGCCCAAACGAGCUCUUCAAAGACUUGCGCUGGAGAUAAGUCUAUGCGAUGACGAAAGAAAUGUUCUCAGCAGAGCUCUAGUUGGAUUACUGGACGUCAACUUUGACGCCAGGGCGAAGUGGUACAAGCUCUAUCCUUGGUCCUCUAGCCACUCAAUGAGCCGAGUAGACGAUUACGAAAGACAUAGAAGACCUCGCCGAAAACUGCCCCAACUUCCUCGAAACAUCUCCAGUCUCUCGAAUCAGAGCAGAGAACCAGCUUUUGCUGGACCUAUGCGAACGCAAUCAGUUACCGGUCACAAACUUUCACACUCAGUCUAUUUCCGCGAACCAGGUGUAGUACAGUAG